AUGCAGCAUACCACAACAACAAAACCUUCGAAAGCCGAAGUUAAUCUUAGAAGGCUGUUAACGGUUUGUGAAAAACAAGCAUCAGAAGAAAAUGGUUUAAUACAUGGGCCUGAAAAAAUGAAAUAUGUAUCGAAUAUAAAUUAUCUUCGAAAGUUAUUGGAAAAGGUUGAAAAAGAAGCAGAAAAUCAAGUUGAUAAGACAGCAAUAAGUGAUUAUUCUCAGAAAAUCAAACUAUUAUCUGACAUCUUAUCACCAAUAACUCGUAAUUAUUCACAAGCAAGAUUCAUUAAACAUGCUUAUCAAACUCAGGAAGAAAAAAACAAGGAAAAUCUAUUAGAACUGACAAUGGUUAGAAAUGCAGAAAAGAUCGAAAGAGAAGAACUGCUACAGAUUUUUGUUUUUAAAAGACCAGGAAUUUUUGAUCAUGAAGAUACCACAAAUAUAGAAUCUGUUUUACAACAUCAUCAUAAAACACAAGAGGAACUAACUAAUGAUUUAAUUAAGAUGGCAGAAAGAUUGAAGAUAAAUUCAGUAACAUUUUCUAAUAUAUUAACAAAAGAUGAAAAGAUUUUAAAUGAAGUGCAAGGUGUUCUUGGAAGUAAUUUAGAUAGAUUAAAAAGAGAAGGUCUUCGUCUUGGAAAAUAUGCUACACAGACCACCUUACCAUACAAGUGGAAACAAACAUUACAAGAUGUUGAUGUUACUGUUCCAGUUCCAAAAGGAACAAGAGCACGUGAUCUAAAUGUUGAAUUAAAGAAAAAGAAUCUAGUUGGUGAAUUAUGUAAAGAAAUUAAAGUGGAUGAAUGUACAUGGACAAUUGAGGAUCAAAAGGAAAUCUAUAUUCAUUUAGAAAAACUUAAUAAACAAGAAUGGUGGAAAAAUGUAAUCACUACUCAUCCAGCUAUUGAUACAACAAAAAUUCAACCAGAAAAUUCCAGUUUAAGUGAUUUAGAUGGUGAAACUCGUGCAAUGGUAGAAAAAAUGAUGUUUGAUCAACAACAAAAAAAAAUGGGUAAAAAGACAUCUGAAGAAUUACAAAAAGAAGAAAUUUUUAAGAAGUUUGCUGAACAACAUCCUGAACUUGAUCUAUCAAAAGCCAAAAUUUCUUAA